AGACUGGAAUGAAUCGCUUCACACACAUGUUGUUAUUACAGAUAAUUAAAAAUAUAGGUUUUAUAAGAUCUCCUGGAUCAUCACUGUCAUCUGUUUUUGAGCAUAUAUAUAUAUUAGUUUGAUGUUCUGGACUAGUAGUUCAAGGUUCUUAGACUCAAAAUUGGCCAAAUUAAAUCUUUGGUUCUUUAACGUUCUAUAUUUUGCCGAUCAGCAUGAAAAUAAGAGAGCACAAACUUGAGUACAAACAAUGACCAACACUGCAUGAAAAUUGAACAACACCAAGUACUACAUAGACUGGACGACAAGGACUGACACCUGCCUCACAGGUCAGAUUUAUGAAAAUAUUAAUGUUCAAUUCUUGCCCUUCACCAGUGAAAUACAGUCUGUAACCUAUAAUGACAGGUGGACAAUUAGGAGUCAAUUAAAAUCUACGAGCUGUAACAAUGAUUGGAAAUAAUAUCUACAGAGUAUAAAAAGAUGGCUAAGUUCCUAGUUCUAACAACAGGCUCUUUUUCUGAGAAAUGUAAUAUCUAGCCCUGGUCACACCUGGUAAUGACAUGAAACCAAACAUACAGACAGCACUAAAUAGUUACUGUAGUAAGUAACUCACAUUCUGGUCAUACUGCGAUAUCUGCUCUGAUAUCUGCUGCUGAUUCACUGAGCCUUAUUGGCUACAUUCUCAGGCAGGUUACAUCAGUCGUCUACACCAGAAUCAUAGAGGCUGUUAGAUUUUGAUUGUGAAUGAAAUGUUUUUAUGCAGAAUUAUGAUCAUAAUAUCUUAGUAUGCCAAAACUGACAACUUUAUUUUAUAAAACUGUGAAUGGCUACAGAGACACUUUUCAGCUUGAUGACACGAUGAUGGUUGAUUUCACCAAUGUGGACAAUGGUUUUCGCCAUUGUAUCAUGCAAGUGAUGUAACAAUUGUUCAUCAUGCAAAAACAGUGGAGGAGGAGUAGAAGGAGGACCCCAAUGUUUCUGCUUUAUGAGGAACCAACAUAGAAGGAGGUCAUCAGAGCUCACCUUCUCCGCUCUCUCUGAGGGGAUGCAGGUGGUGGAAGGAGAAGAACUCUGCUUCCCAGAGAGCAACAACUCCUGCAAGAAAACCAUCUACUCCAACAGUGUGGAUGUGACCUUUUACAUCACACUGUCCUGUGUCUCUUUUCUCACUGUUUUGCUCAACCUCCUUAUCAUCGUCUCUAUUUCCCACUUCAGGCAGCUCCACACCACCACCAACCUCCUCCUCCUCUCCUUGGCUGUGGCUGACCUCCUCGUCGGGCUCCUGCUGAUGCCGCUUCAGUUAGUGAACACCAGUGGCUGCUGGUAUUUGGGGACCUUUGUUUGUGCCAUGUUUUUCUAUCUCUCCUUCAUCCUGACAUCUUCCUCAGUAGGGAUCAUGGUUCUGAUUUCUAUUGACCGUUAUGUGGCCAUUUGCGACCCCUUAGGUUACCCCAGGAAGAUCACUCUGAAGAGGGUUAGAGUCAGUGUCUGUCUGUGCUGGAGCUGCUCUGUGUUGUACAAUGGAGCGAUGCUACAUGACAUCCUGGAGAAUCCUGACAUGUUAGACUCCUGUUAUGGAGAGUGUUUAUUCCUGGUGGACUUCGUGUCAGGAGCUGUUGAUCUUGGCUUGACCUUCUUUGGCCCCAUUACUGUUAUUGUGGUUCUAUAUAUGAGGGUCUUUGUGGUGGCCGUGUCUCAGGCCAGAGCCAUGAGGUCUCACAUCACUGCUGUCUCAGUCCAGGGUUCGUUUCGAGUCACAGCUAAGAAGUCUGAGAUAAAAGCAGCCAGGACUCUGGGUGUACUCGUGGUCGUCUUUCUCAUGUGUUUCUCUCCUUACUUUUUCACCUCAUUCACAGCCACGACAGAAUCAUCCAAUACGGUCCUUUUGUUUUUUGGGACCUGGUUUCUAUACUGCAACUCCUGCAUUAAUCCAAUCAUCUAUGCCUUUUUCUACCCCUGGUUUAGAAAAGCUAUCAAACUCAUUGUCAGUCUUCACAUACUGCAGCCCGACUCCUGUGAUACACGCAUACUGUAAGAAAUGUCUUCUACACGUUACAAAAGAUGUACAAAGUGAAGCAACAGCUUGUGCUUAUAUGUGUCAUGUAUUUGUUCUAAUGUGGUUCAUUUUAUGAGGUAUAACAACUAGAUUAUGUAUUUCUAAAAAUCAUAACAUUUUACUAUUAUUUCCAUAUCAAUUGAAAACUGACAGAAACAGAAAUGAAUUCAUGUGGGAUAUAAAUAAAUAAAUAUGUACUAUAUUGAGCCCAUAUUUGGGAAACAGAUGUGUUAGCAUGUGGCUCCUCUGGGAAUCAAACCCAAGAUUCUGUGCUCUAUGCUUCAGAGGCAGGCAUGCUAACUGCUGUUUUGUUCUGGACUUUAUCUUAGUCAAAUGUAACCAUAAGAAUGUGCAGAUGUAUAUGCAUUCAUAUCAUUCAUCAGGAGAUUAAAUGAUUAUGUGGCUGUACUGUGUGGCUGAUUUUUAAAUACAAAGUCAUCUCUCACGUGUCAUAAUGCAAUCAGUUAAAGGUCAAAAUAUCAGUAAAUAAUUACAUUGAAAACAAAGAAGGGUCUGAGACUGAAAGUUGUCUUUUACAUUUUACUGCUGUUACAUG